UAAAAAUCCAUUCUUUAUGAGAUUUUGAUAAAAACUUCAAUUGACAAAAAAAAAAAAAUGGGUGAUGAUUGCAGCAGCUUUGACUGCGCAGAAACAACAACUGACCUUCUCUGUAAUGAAGAAACAAAAGGGUUCUGCUUCUUCGACGAAGACGAGGGUAAUUCAGAUGUUCUUGUUGAAAAAGGUGUGAUCUUUAACAAUGGCGGCGGAUCACCGUCGGAUUCGAAAACGGCGUCGUUUCGUCUGCCUUUGUUGGGUGAAGAGUGCAUCCGUUGGAUGGUGGAGAGAGAGAGGGAGCACUUGCCCAGAGAUGAUUACGUCAGCAGAUUCAGGUGUGGACAGCUGGAUUUCAGUUUGAGAAGACAGGCCCUUGAUUGGAUGUUUAAGGCUUGUGGUCACUACAAUUUUGGAGAAAUGUGUCUAUACUCAGCAAUGAAUUACCUUGAUCGAUUCCUAUCUGUGUAUGAAUUGCCUGUAUGCUCAUUGAAAAGGGGAAAUGAAAUAUGGGCAAUUCAAUUGGUGGCCGUCGCUUGUUUAUCAAUCGCAGCCAAAAUCGAAGAGGUUAACGUUCCGUCUACGGUGGAUUUGCAGGUGGGUCGACCCAAGUUCUUGUUCGAAGGAAAAACGAUCCAAAGAAUGGAGAUGUUGGUGCUGAGUCGACUCAGUUGGAAGAUCAAAGCGUACACACCGUUCAAUUUCAUAGACUAUUACCUCACAAAGAUGAAUAACGGCGAAUUCCCGUCAAGGGAUUCGAUCGAUAGAUCACUCCGAAUCAUAUUAAGCACAAUCGAAGGUAUUGAAUUCUUGGAAUUCAGGCCAUCUGAAAUAGCUGCAGCUGUGGCUGUACAUGUUGUUUCAGGGGAAACACAACAAGAAAUUGGCAUUCUUGAUAGUUUUGUAGGAAUUGACAAGGGAAGAGUGGUGAAGUGCUAUGAAUUGAUAAAAGAAAUGGGAUCAAAAAAUAUUACUACUAGUAAUUAUUUGAAUUCAAGAAUAGAGCCAGAUAGCCCAAAUGGAGUGUUGGAAGCAGGGGUGUGUUUGAGCUGUAAUAAUAAAAGUGAUGAAAUUAGAACAGUUGAGUCAUGUCCAACUUCUUCUUCUUCACACACAACUCCAAACAAUAAAAGGAGGAAAAUUAGUGAUUCUUGAAAUUAAAAUAAAUAAUAAUAAUAAUAAUAAAAAAAUAUAUUUUAUGUG